GCCUCGCUGUCAGGCGGCGGAUCAGCGAGUUCGCGCAGUGUCAUCACAUUGACGCCGCCGCCGCCUCGCUGCACUUCAAAAUGGCCAGCGAGAGAAAUCCCAGCCCGCUGCCGCACACCCGCGCGCCGCUCCUCCAUUCCUCAUAACGUUACUGCGACACCGCCGCGAAAUGACGAGCGGAAACGCGCCCGCGCUGCUCCUGUGCUCCGGCGGCGUCGUGUGAAAGGCACGUUUUGUGCCGUACGAGACUCUGAACAAACGCUUCAGGGCGGCUCAGAAGAACAUCGACCGGGAGACGAGUCACGUGACGAUGGUUGUAGCAGAGUUGGAGAAGACGCUGAGCAGCUUCCCGGUGGUCGACUCCGUCGUGUCACUGCUGGAUGGCGUGGUGGAGAAACUCAGCGCCCUGAAGAGGAAGGCUGCAGAGUCCAUCCAAGCGGAGGACGAGAGUGCCAAGCUGUGUAAGCGUCGCAUCGAGCACUUGAAGGAGCACAGCAGCGACGAGCCGGCCUCCGUCAACCUGUGGAAGAAGAAACGCAUGGACCGGAUGAUGGUGGAGCAUCUGCUGCGCUGCGGCUAUUACAACACAGCUGUCAAACUGGCCCGACAGAGCGGGAUAGAGGACCUGGUCAACAUUGAGAUGUUUCUCACAGCGAAGGAGGUGGAGGAGUCCCUGGAGCGGCAGGAGACGGCCACUUGCCUCGCCUGGUGCCAUGACAAUAAGUCCCGCCUUCGCAAGAUGAAGAGUUGUCUCGAGUUCAGUCUGAGAAUCCAGGAGUUCAUCGAGCUCAUCAGACAAAACAAACGCAUGGAUGCAGUCAGACAUGCAAGGAAGCAUUUCAGCCAAGCGGAGGGUGGACAGUUGGAUGAGGUUCGGCAGGUGAUGGGCAUGCUGGCCUUCCCAUCAGAUACACACAUCUCCCCAUACAAGGAUCUUUUGGAUCCGGCCCGCUGGAAGAUGCUGAUCCAGCAGUUCCGUUAUGACAACUACAGACUGCACCAGCUGGGAAACAACUCUGUGUUCACUAUCACCCUACAGGCGGGUCUGUCUGCCAUCAAGACGCCUCAAUGCUACAAGGAGGAUGGCACCUCAAAGAACCCAGACUGCCCGGUGUGCAGUAAAUCCCUCAACAAGUUGGCCCAGCCGUUGCCCAUGGCCCACUGCGCCAACUCCAGACUCGUCUGUAAGAUCUCUGGAGAGGUCAUGAAUGAAAACAACCCUCCAAUGAUGCUGCCUAAUGGUUACGUCUACGGCUACAAUUCCCUUCUGUCCAUCCGCCAAGAUGACAAAGUGGUGUGUCCCAGAACCAAAGAAGUCUUCAACUUCUCUCAGGCUGAGAAGGUCUACAUCAUGUGAUCACUCGGAUGACCCGUCUGAGUAUUGACGUGAUCGAAUACGGCCUCGUCGUUAGUCACCUGUGACCGGGCCCACUGAGAGAGCCACCUGUGGAGAGCUGUGAUCCAGUGCCCCCCCCCCCCUCCCCCUCACAGACACACCCAGCGUUUCCCACAACCACCCCCCCCACCCCCCCCCCACCGAAAACAUGAUCAGUGCAACUUCGCCAGUUCUCUUCCCCCCUCCCAUUUUAUUACACAGAAACUGGGAUUCUCUCCUUUCAGACUCAAGAACAAGAAGUUGAUUGAUCUAUUCAAGCACAGGGACGAUCCACAUGGUCAUUAUCGAACAACAACAAAAAGACUGAUGGGGUGGAACAACUGCUCGGUAGUUAUUUUAUUGCAACAAAUAAAAACCUGUUGAGGUUACUUUUGAUUUUUCACUCGUGGUGUUCCUUUGUUACAAAAAAAAACAAACCUGUGCAGUGUUGACUCACUCCAUGAACCAGAUGAAAACACGAUUUGGGCCUUUUUAAAGGCAAACGUGGCUGGCCUCCCGGUCAAGCGGUAGCAUUUCAUUGUGUGAUGCAUGCGGUUGACAUUCUUUGUCUUCUAGCCAUGUUUUUGGUGGGUUUGGGGAGGUAUAUAUGUUAAGCGCCUCCUGUUUUAACUGCCUAUCUUUUGCAUUUCACCCCCCCCCCUCUUUUUAGGGUUUGGGCCGCAGUUUGGCUCCUUUUCAAAUGUAAAUAUUAGAUGGGAAUCCAUCACCCUCAUGUUUAAAUUCUGGGGUUUUGGGGACAAGUAACGACAACAAAGAUCAUCCUUUUGCCAAGAUGCUCCGAACUGAACACGUCUUUUCUUGGGUGUUGUAAACCUGCAUCCUCAAGUUAAAUGGUUGUUCACGCUGAUGAUAAUAAUUGUGGUGCAUUUACUUCCAUAAUUAAAUUGACCCAAUAUUCAAAUAUGAUGACUAUUUUAACCAUCUUGGAUGUGUUUUGUUUUUUCCUGAUUGAACAAAUUGUCUUCCUGUUUCGUGUUUGAGGUUUGCCAUUUGCAGUUCUCAAAUUUCUCAAUUUUUUUCUUCAACCAAACAAGAGUACAUAUCGGUGAAUUAAGGAUAUUUUUCUGUUUUAAAGAUGAAAACAUGGCUGCUUUCUAUUGAAUUAAACAUUUCUCAAAUAGUUUUGAUUUCAUAACCAUUUUUCCGCCAAUGAAGACGAUAUAGAGAAAAGCAGUGCUGAUAUUUUUCCUUUCUUUAGGCUCGGUGAUUGAAGUCUUCUCUACAGGGAUUACAUAGUUACACCAGCUGAUAACACUAUACGUAGUUACAUGCACACAGUACUUGCCUUUUUAUUUUAGAAUAUAAGAGGCAGGAUCAAAACCUUGACUAGGCUGUUGAGGGUAAACUUUUGGCCAUCUGAAAACAUCACUCUAUGACUUUGAAAACCUGUUAUGGAAGAUAGAUGCACUUAGAAUAUGAUUAGAUUAGGAUGUUCACUCACUGAAAACAAAUGGCCCUUUAAUUGUGAAAUUGUAACCCUAAACAGCAACACGGAGCAGUCCUAAAAACAUGCAGUUUUUUGUUAAACAUGAUCAAUCUGUGGUCAUUCAUUUCUUCCAUGUUUUUCUUGACAAACCAAAAGUUGCCUCAUUUGUGUCCAUAAAUGAUUUGGAACUGUAUCUGUAACAACAGACUGUCCCGUGUAUUUGUGUCGGUAGUUUAGUUAAAGGGAUUGUUUUGUGAGCAUACUGCCUCAUAAAGAUUUCAGUGAACUUUGA